UCUUUUUCCUAUUUUCUUCCCCCUUUCUUUUCGGUUUCUGCUUCAGAGUUCAGUGUGAGUUACUCUCCAUGGAUGAUUCAUCUCUGCUCCUCGAUGCAGCUACUGUUUUUGCUUAUUACCCUGGAGUGCAAAGUGAUGAUUCCGCCAGGGAAUUUCUCAAUCGCUUCCCUCUACCACUCAUCAUCAAUGCAUUACAGACUCAGUCUGAUGUGCCUGGGCUAGAAAAUGCUCUAGUUGCCUGCCUUGAAAAGCUAUUCAAAACAAAGUUGGGUGCUUCUUUGAUCCCACAGUAUAUGCCUUUUGUUCAAGUUGGUCUGCAGGCAGAUUCUCAAGCAGUCAGAUCCUUAGCUUGCAAAACAGUCACUUGUCUUCUGGAGAAUCUUGACAAUGAUAACAAAGUUGCUGCUCGUCUAAUUUCAGAUUUCAACAUAUAUCCUCUUUUGCUUGAUUGCCUUAUCAAUGGCAAUGAACAAGUGGCAGCUGUGGCAAUGGAUGCAAUAAAAAAGUUAGCUGGUUUUCCGGAAGGCAUGGAAAUUAUCUUUCCAUCUGCCAAAGGAGGUGAUACAGACCUUGGGAUUAUAGCAUCACAGUGUUCAUCCCUGGGCCGAGUUCGUGUAUUGGCUUUAGUGGUGAAGCUUUUUUCUGUAUCUAGGUCAACAGCAUCAACCAUUUAUAGUUUAAAUCUACUUAAAUUGUUCGAAGAAGAAAUCAGAAAUGCAGAUGAUACCCUUGUAACUUUAAGUGUUUUGGAGCUUCUAUAUGAGUUAGCAGAGAUCGAGCAUGGUACAGAAUUUUUGUCAAAGACGAGCUUCCUUCAACUGCUUUCAUCUAUAAUUAGCAACAAUUCUAUGGAAUCAAUUUUAAGAUCAAGAGCAAUGAUGAUAAGUGGAAGGCUACUGUCCAAGGAAAUCAUAUACUCCUUCAUAGAUGAACCUUGUGUUAAAACUGUUAUUUCAUCUAUUGAUGGUAGACUUCAAUCGUUGGAGCCUUCAGAUAGAGAUGAAUGUGAAACUGCACUUGAAUCAUUGGGUCAUAUAGGAUCAUCUGUCCAAGGAGCUUCAUUUCUGCUGUCAGAUUCAUCACCUGCUGCUAGACGUGUUAUUUAUGCAGCUUUUGAUCAACAAGGAGGGCAUGGUAGACAGCUGGCUGCAUUGCAUGCUCUUGGAAACAUAUCGGGAGAAAUCAGAUCUGAGAAUAACAUCAUACUCAUUGCUGAAGCAGAAGAAAACCUGCGACGCUUAAUUUUUGAAACGGCAUCCAGGAGCUCAAAGCUGACACCAUCGGGUCUUUUUCUGUCAGUUUUGCAGCAGGAUUCAGAAAUCCGUUUAGCGGGUUAUAGGAUGAUAAGUGGAUUGGUUACCCGACCAUGGUGCUUGAUGGAGAUAUGCUCAAAACAAGAGAUUAUAAAUAUAGUGACUGAUCCAACUACUGAAGCCACAAAAAUAGGUAUGGAAGCUAGAUAUAACUGCUGCAAGGCGAUACAGAAAUCAUUGAACAUGUCUAGUAGAGUUUCUGCUGAUCCUGCUUUUGCAGGAAUAACUGAGAAGCUGCAGGAAGCUGUUGGAAUGGGUCCAUAUCUUAUUAGAAAGCAUGUUGAAGCUCAACCUAUAGUGAUGACAGCUGAGAGAUUUUAGUUAACACGAGCUGAGUGGUCAAGCAAUACCUGCAGUACAUGUAUUUUUGUUUCAAAUACCUUUUUGCUUAAAAUCGGGUAAGUGUUGAAACUCAAUAGAAUGAGUAUAUUUAGCAUAAUUUUUGGAGUGGAUUAUAUUUCAAUGGCUUUGGUCUGCUAU